CAUGUUUUCAACUUGCAUGUGUGGUUUGAAUGUGCAAGCAUUUGUGUGGUGUGUGUUCUGGAGUUUGGGAAUGUGUUAUGUGUUAUUUUGUUUGAGCAGGUAUUUGUGAUGAUAGAUCUUGAGAAGAUCUUUCCGACGCAACAAGAAUCUCUUCAAUUGGAGCAACAACGCGAAAGCUAUGAAGAUUCAAAGUUCAUGAGCUUGCGUUACAAUUGCGGCGGUUACAAAGUGAAGUUGUGGGGUGACUCUAUAUGGAGUUGGGACCUUUGGGGGGUUGGGAAAUUUGUCACUCUACUGUAACAGCUGCAAAUUGGUUGGGAACAACCAAGCUAGGUUGGCAAGGGUGGCCAACUUGGAUGGAUUGGUUGGGAAGGGACAAAUGUCAAAGUUGGGGUUCCUAUAGGGAGGGAAUCUUUGUGCUUAUGGGGUUUCCUUGGUUGGGGACUCUCUUGGGACCUUCCCUCUCAUCCCUCUCUUCCUAUCCCAACCUUUCUCUUGCUCCUCUAAUUCCUUGGCGCGGCAGAGGAAGAGGGGGUUGGAAAGGCCGAGGCCGUGGGAGGAGCUUUGGCAGAGGUAGAGGCCGAGGUGACUAUAAUGAGGGGCAUGGAAGCUCCAGUGGCAGGGGGAGCACCAGAAUGGAGGGCACCUGCUGGUACUGCAAGAAGAUCGGGCAUCCUUGGUUCAAGUGCUUCAGCAGGCCGGAGGGAUGGUCACCUCCAGGCAUGAAGCCGCCAAGUGGUGAACGCGCACAAGGUGGCGCUGUGCAAGGCUCAGGUGCACAAGGUGAAGGUGCACAAGGUAACGCCUAUCCUGGGAUGUAUCUUAUGGUUGAGGAUGUGCAUGGGCAUGAGGGUGAUGUGGGAUCUGUGGGAAAGGUUGUGAUGCACCCUCUCACGCACUGGGUGAUUGAUUCGGGUUGCACCAGUCACAUGACUCCACGGGCAGAUUUGCUUGAUGAGGUAAAACCCCCUGGGAAGAUCAAGUAUGUGGCAGCAGCAUCAGGUGCUUUGCUCCCUGUCAUUGGUGUUGGGAAUGCCAAGGUUAAGGGAGCUAAUGGGGAGCUUGUGGGGCUUGGGAAUGUUCUGCUGGUUAAAGGCUUGUCUGCUAACCUUCUCUCUGUGCGGCGACUGCAGAAGAGUAAGGCCGAAGUGACCUUUGGACCAACCAGCUGCCGUGCUAAGCUUGGGAAGAAGGUGCUGUGGAGUCUGGAAGAGGAGACCAGCUGCAUCAAGGACCUGUGGCAGCUGCCCAUCAUCCCUUGGAAUGGGAAGACUCCAACAGCAGUAGAGCAGCAGCAGCAGCAGCAGCAUGAGUCUCCAUCUCGAGUUCCACACCCGCCUGAGCGUCCUAGGAGGGAUGUGCGCCCUCCAGUGAGGCUGACCUAUGGGGGAAGAGGCAGGCCGAAUGUGGUGCAGGCUGGGAGUGUGGUUGAGCAGAUUGAGGAAGAUGAGAUCGCUCACUGCUACUGGGCACCAAUCCCUGAGCCCAAGACUCGAGAGGAGGCCUUGAAUGGACCAAAUGGGGAGAAGUGGAAGGCGAGUGAGGAUGAGGAGUUCGGGUCCCUAAUUGAGAACGAGACAUGGGACCUGUGUGACUUGCCUCCUGGAAAGAAGGCAAUCACUUCCAAGAUGAUCUACAGGCACAAGUAUUUGUGAUGAUAGAUCUUGAGAAGAUCUUUCCGACGCAACAAGAAUCUCUUCAAUUGGAGCAACAACGCGAAAGCUAUGAAGAUUCAAAGUUCAUGAGCUUGCGUUACAAUUGCGGCGGUUACAAAGUGAAGUUGUGGGGUGACUCUAUAUGGAGUUGGGACCUUUGGGGUUUGGGAAAUUUGUCACUCUACUGUAACAGCUGCAAAUUGGUUGGGAACAACCAAGCUAGGUUGGCAAGGGUGGCCAACUUGGAUGGAUUGGUUGGGAAGGGACAAAUGUCAAAGUUGGGGUUCCUAUAGGGAGGGAAUCUUUGUGCUUAUGGGGUUUCCUUGGUUGGGGACUCUCUUGGGACCUUCCCUCUCAUCCCUCUCUUCCUAUCCCAACCUUUCUCUUGCUCCUCUAAUUCCUUGUGAGAUUCUUGAACUUUG